UACCGACAGUCCCUAGAAAAAUCCCUAGAACGUAGAACACACCAUUUUUCGUUCCUGCUGAACAGAUUGCAAGAAUGGUGCGCUGGUCUGUAUUUUACCCAAAUCGUCAAAAAGUUAUAAAAUAUUGAAAUUGCUGUCUGUCCACGGUCAAGAAAAUGGCGGAUCGGACUCACCUGCAUUAAUUUAUUCGUAAUAUAAACAUUUUUGCAAAUGACGUGAAAAAGAAAAAUGGUCGAUUUAUUCGAGAAGGAUAAAGGAAAUAUAUCAUUGUCAGCGAAAUUACAGUCAUGGCAGGAUGAGAAAGAAAAGAGUAAACCCACAAUUAUCAACACACAAAAAGCUUUUUACAGUAUUAAAAUUGGAGACAUUCAGAACAAAAUAAACAGGUUAGAAGAUCGAAACGAUGAGUUAUUAGAAAAAAUUGAGGUUACCGAUGAACGUUCAGCGAUCAUAGACGCAGAAACGACCGAUGAAAUUGCAAAUCUAAGCAAACAACUUUAUUCUCAAAACAAUAAAGUAGAUGAUGUGAAAACUAAAAUUGAUAAUGUGGAAAAUAACCGAAUAAAAGAUAAACACUCUCACGAUGAUAAAGUAGAAUUACUUAAUCAGCGAUACAAAGAGAAGAAAGUUGAAUUAGUUUCUCGGAUUAAAGUUUUAACUGCAAAAAUUAAUGGUCUGGAAGAUUUUAAAAAAACACAAAGAGGUUUGGAAGAAAAAUUUGAAAGAAAUGAAGAAGAGAUUUCAAAGAACGAGAAAGAGAUGAAAGAAUUGCUCGAGAGUGUUAAUCGAAAGUUUGAAUUUGAUAAGGAAAUGCUGAAAAAUGAAAUGUACCUGUGUCUUCUCGAUUUAGCGGCACAGUUUCAAGUAGAAACUGUCGAACAUAUAAGUUUACCAAACAAGAGAUUAAUGCGAGAAAACAUUAUGUUAAAAAAUGAAUUAUCGCAUAUUUCGAAGCAACUUUCGUCGGAAAAUGACAUUCAAUCUAUUCUCAAGAACUCGGUUGUAGACUACAGAAAAAAUAUCGUUAAAAAGUCUUUGCAUGUAAAAGAAAAUAUAAUAACUAUAAAAAUACAGAAUGCUUUGUUAAAAUGUUUGAAAAAUAAGUUUAAAAGUACAAAGGGAUAUUUUUCAUCUAUCGAUGUUCCUGAUCGUGCUAUGGAAAGCAAAUAUCUUAUGUUAAUCGAAAACGCCCGUAACGAAGAAAAUUUAACAAACGUUCGUUUAUCAAAAUUAAAUGUUUUACUUGAAAAGGAGAGAACAAGAAUAGGCAUCGCAAAAUAUUUACACAGAAGGUUAAAUUGUAAGAUAAAGGCGGCUGUAGAUACACUUUAUGAUCUAAAGUACAUUGCGAGGUGUUUGCUUGAGUGUCCUACCAAAUGUCCUGAUAUAGCAACCUUGAAUUGCACCCAAAUGCUUUUGUUUCUGCAAAACAUAUUCAUGAAAGGGCAAUUAAAAGUUCAAUGUGGCAUCGUCAAAUCGGUUGAAACCCUACCACAAGUGUUAGAAUUUCGUACAGAAGAUUUAAAUAAUAUUUCGGAUUUUGAAAUAAUCACUGAAUCUCAAGAGAAAGAACAAAUCUUAGACAAAGUACGUAAAAACAAUUUUAUUACGUCAUUAAAACAUGUACUUUGCUUUAUACUUGAGAUUUCUUCUCCCUAUCAGGUAAAAUUAAGCUCAGAUUCGGAUAAAGAAACAAAAAUAUCUAUUGAAAGUAUCGACUUGAAAGAACAUUCAUCGACAGAUAUUUCGGAUAAUAUUAUGCCAUUCGAGUUAAAAGAUGAUUACAAAUUGUCUGAAAGUGAUGAAUACAUAGAAGAUGAAUCUGUAUUUAGUAUUGUAGAAUAAAAUACAAAUUGGUUUCGUGGUCUACAACCUACCGCCCGGCUUACAUCCAAAUACCUCGAUUUGGUAUAUGGUUACAUCAAUCUUGUGAUCUGGCUUAACAAAUCGUUUCACUUUCGCUUUAUCCCGUUUCCUGUAACAUGUCAAUGUUAAUAAUAAACAAAAAAUGAGAAAAUGAGGAAAAAUCGGGGAUUAUCUAUAUUACAAUUUUUAAAGAGCGCAUAUCUUACACUUGUAAAAUGGGAGAUAUACAAAAGAAAUAUAUUUUGUAUAAUUAAAUAUGAUUAAGACGGUACAAUAAUCAGAAAAAUUGACAUUGUCCAAGAGUGAGGAUUAAGAUGCUACCUACCGUCAGUAAAAGGCAAAGAUAUCUACCUGUGACUGGUACCCUAAACAGUCUAGCACACAUUUUUAGCGACGACGUAUACAAAAGUAUAGUGUCAAGAUCCUCACCUGGAGUGCUUUGAUAAACAAAUGGUCGGAUGCGUACUUCAUGUCCAAUACUUUGAAUCAUAGAACAAGCUGUACUUAAACGAGCUGCCUAUCAAACAAAGAGGAAAUACAAGCAAAUAUUAUUGCUUUUCUAACGUGUAAAGAUAAAAUAAUUAAUAGGUAAACAUACCUGAAUAAAAGGAACUAUCGAUAUUAAAAUCCAUAAUACGACAUUCACUAUUCCGAUCCAUGUAAUAGGACUAUUUUGUGCAUCACCAUUAUAAUUAUCAUAUCGAAGCAACCAAAUUGUACCCGCGGCAGCCCAUGAUAAAUUCACAACUGUAUAGAUACAUACAGCUGGUCCUAGUUCGUCAUUGAAAUAUUUCAAUAGUUUUUUAAAUUCGCAUAUUUCCUGAAAGAUACACCAACAAGAGUGUGACUUUCUUAUCCGACAAAAUAAUGGAAGAGAUAAUGAAAUUAAAGAGAAAUCAAUUUACAAACCUUCAUCCAAUCGAUAGGAGAUAAAGUAUGGUGAAGCAACUUGCCACGAAGAAAGUACAAGUGUGCCAAUAAAAGUUGCCCUUGUAAACAGUAACUGGUGAUAAUCGUUCCUUGAACCAUAUCGUGCCAUAAUGUGCAUACAAUUAAAAAUACCUUCAAUGUUAUUUUUACUUGAUACGGACUGUGCAAAAAAUAAAUUCGAAAGAAGUGCAAAAUAGGAUAACGCUCGAUAUUGUACAUACAUACAUACAUACAUACAUACAUAAAUAUGUAGAAUAUUCCACAAUAUGAAAUAAGAUGUAUAAGAUGGAAUUGAAUAAUAAAUAAAAACGAGCAAUUUUAAUCAUCGGGCAAAUUAACAAUAAAUCGGAUAGACGAAGAGAUAUUUUCGAGGAAAUUACCUCUGUUCUAACCAUUGAAAUACAAUACUUCCUUGGGCCAUCAGAA